AUUUCCGGUGUGGAUUUGUGGAACCGUCAAAAUAAAGGCCUCAACUCUGGGCGGCAGAUUAAAAGGUCGACACUGAUACAUUUCGUCGUAACUCUUGAUCGAGUGUUCGGUGUCAAGGUUCACUAGAACAACCCACAGGUCUUACGAACCCGUUGCAGUGAAACUAACUGCUGCAUUUAAUCGUCCGGAGCUUUAUUACCGAUCUGUGGGGAAUGGAGAAAGCCAGACAGGAUGCAUUUGACCAUGCAAGACUUGAGGUGAUCAAAGAUGGCUACGAGAGAGGCUUUGAAUGCAUCAAUAAAGGUCUGACAGCCGAUGAAGCCGGAGAUACAAGCCAGGCUCUGGAGUUGUAUAAGAGGGGUCGACAGCACCUUCUCCGGGCCAUCAGCGUGCCCUCACGGGGGGACGAGUGCGUGGGGCACUCCUGGGAGUCGGCCCGACAGAUGCAGCAGAAGAUGCAGGAGACACUCGACAACAUCACCACCCGUCUCACGAUACUGGAGGCCUCUGGGCAGCCUUCACAAAACCCAUACCCCAAAUUACCAGCCAAAGAGAAGCCAGAGAGGCCCGUUCCACCAACCUCAGCGAGUACAGCCGGUGCAUGCAGCCCUGGGGUGCUUUCACCAAGUCGGCUGCCCCUGGCUGAAGGGGACCAUCCGCCAGCAUACUCCCCUCAAGCUGCCGACGGCCACAUUUCCAUCUCGUACGGGACUGAAUCGGGGGAGCUGUCGCUGGUGAGCAACGACUUUUACGACCGAGCGUCCAACUCCACGUCAUCAUCAGAGAGCAUUGGCGAGGAUGCAGAGGAGCUGCUGUACAUCUCUCAGGGCGUGCAGAUAUUCUUUGUGACCCCAGAGGGGCAAGUUAGUGCCCCCUCAUAUCCAGGCUACCUGCGACUGGUCAGAUUUGCCAGCGAUCACUCUGAGAGGAUGCCUGAUAGACCACAAGCUUUCCUACAGGUGUGUGACUGGCUUUACCCCCUCAUGUCGGCAAGCACACCCGCCUUGCUGUGCAACACCGGCGUGUUCAUGUUCCCUGACAUGAUGGCGGCAGUGCCAGGCCAUUUUGUGGGAGUGGUUCUGUCCUCUGAGCUGCCUGCUGCCGACAGAGAGCUGUUCCAGGAUCUGCUGUCUCAGAUGACAGAUCUCAGGGUUCAGGCAGCUGACGAAGCCGGAGAGCAUGUUAAUCUCAGCCACAAAGUGUCCAUCGCUACACCUGACGAGGCGGCGGCAGUGGUGGAGGAGGAAGACGACCAGGCUCUGCCAGUGUGGAGUGAGAAGAUGGCCAGCGGGAUCCUGACAGGUGCGUCCUGGUUGAGUUGGGGUCUGGUCAAAGGGGCUGAGUUCACGGGCAAGGCCAUCCACAAGGGAGCAUGUAAACUUCGAGAGCACAUCACGCCUGAGGACAAGCCGGCGCACGUCAGUCCCGCUGUCAGCAAAGGCCUCCAUGUCGCCAAGCAAGCGACGGGAGGAGCUGUCAAAGUCAGCCAGUUUCUAGUGGAUGGAGUCUGCACCGUUGCCGGCUGUGUGGGUCGCGAGCUGGCGCCCCACGUAAAAAAGCAUGGUGGAAAACUCAUUCCGGAGUCCAUGCGGAAAGACAAGGAUGGGCGUUCUAACAUAGAUGGAGCCAUGGUGGUGGCUGCCAGUGGAGUGCAAGGAUUUGCCACUAUGUGGACAGGUUUGGAGGUGGCGGCCAAAAACAUCACUACGAGUGUGGCCUCGGAGACGGUUACCACGGUGAAGCACAAGUACGGAGCGGCGGCAGGCCAGGCCACAGAUCACGCCGUCAACUCGGCCAUCAACAUGGGCGUCACCGCCUUCAACAUCGACAACCUGGGCAUCAAAGCGGUGGUGAAAAAGACAGGCAAGCAGACAGCCCAGGCCCUCUUGGAAGACUACAAGCUUCAAGAGAAAGGGGAUGGACAGAAGAAAGUAGAGAAAUCAGAUAAAUAACCCCUACUGCCACUCUCAGCCAUUCUUGCCUUAAACUCAAAUAGCUCUAUAUUUAUUAUCAAAACUUGUGGUAAUGACAUAAUUUAUAUUUGUGAGACUACAAGCUAAUACUGUCUAAAUUAUGAACUGGGCUUUGAUGUUGAAAAUAUGUUGUAAAGCAAAUAAUAUAAUAUAUAUUGUAAGGUUUUAUGUAAUCCAAACUACGUAUUCCGUUUUCACAGCUUUAUUUUUAAAACAUGAGGAAAUACUUUUUUGUUAAUCUAAAUGCUGCUAUUACAAUUUAUUUCUGUAGUCUGACUUGGAAGUUCCUUGCUAUGGUUAAUGAAAGUUAUAAUCACUGUGCCUUUAACUGCUGUAUGCACUGUUUUGUAACAGCAAAGCAAUAUUAUCAACCAAAGCUGUGUAACUUUGUUAUUUUGACUCAAGUACACAAAUUAUCUUACUUUUUCCUCUUUAGGACCAUUUUUAGAUUCUUUGUGUCUUCAGAAUAUAUUGCACAAUUAAAACAUUGAGUUUUACACCAA